AUGUCCUUCGAAGACUCCCUCAACGAUCUCUCGGUUCGCCGCUUCAGUGGAUACGUCUGCCUCAAGGCCCAAGUGGGUGACCUCAGCAAGGUCUAUGGCCGCACCGCUGUCAACACUGUCUGGAAGAAGUGGGCUAUGGCACGAAUCGCUCAAAAGAAGCCCCACGUCGGCAUAGUGAUCGGAUACACUGAGGAUUCCCUGAGCAGCAUCGACAGUGCCGAGUACGAGUUUUCCGAAGAUCCUGUGUUGAGGGUCACUGGGGAGCUGAACUCUUCUCAUGAAGGUAUGAGCGAUGAGGAGGUGAUUGAGACCUUGAAGUCUCUGUUCUGCACCCUGGCAAAGGCCCUCAAGCAGACACAGGCCGACUUCAAGUUCUACGGAGACGAUGAUAAGUACAUGUGCAAAUACAACAUCUCCUACCGCAGUCGAACAGGCGACAGGUUCGAGGCGUAA